AGGCGUGAAUAAGCUCUCACAAAAACUGGCACACACCGUUUCUGGCUCAGAGUCACAACGGUAAGGAGCUUUUGUUGCCUACCUACCGGUCUCUUUGGCAGCAACAAACAACCAACCAAACACACUGAUAGCAAGAUGAGUGUCGUUCCAAGAUCCCUGCUCCUUUUGCUGCUCCUUCUUCCAGUCCGAUGCGUCCUGGGAGGUGCCAAGGCUACCCUGGCAACCCCGAUUGUGGGCAUGUCCAACGCCACCGCCAACAAACACCGUCAGAGAAUCUGCGAUCGAUACUUGCAAGUGGAAUAUGGUGAAGCUGGAUGGCGAGAUGCUCUUUCUGGCUUGGAAUUGAAUGCCAUCUUUAGCGUCAGCAAGUUUUUUCAUUACGACGACGAGAAUGGCAUCAACGAGACGGAUCCGGGAAUUGUGGUAAAGAUUAUGGAUGAACUAGCUGAACGGGCCAACUUUACCUGGCGCAAUUCCUUUGCCGUGUCCUAUGGCCCAGGACCCUUUGCGAGUUGGACCGAAAUGUUGGAGCUAUACACCGAACUCUUUGAUAUCAGUGUGGACUACUUUGAUAAGAGCUCAGAUCGCUUGAAUCGAGGGAUAGCCUUUAUGGAUCAAUGGUUCGAUGGCAACAUGUUGCUCAUUGAAAAGGUGAAACCCCCAGAGGAUGACAGCAAUAAGAUCAACUACCUCAGUUUCUUGGCACCGUUUGAAGCCACUGUCUGGUGGGUCACCGCUGCGACGUGUAUCUUUUCGGGCCUGAUCUUUCAAUUGUUGGAGUUCUUGUACGAUGAACGAGAAGACCGAUCACUCUACCAAUGGUUCCUCGAUCAUCAGUACCUUUCGGCUAUCAACUUUACACAACAGUUUCUCUAUGAACCUGUCACUCCAGCGGGACGACUUUUUGGCUUUAGCAUGGCGUUCUGGGCCAUGGUGAUGGGGGCUACCUACACGGCAAAUCUGGCCUCCUUUUUUGUCGAUCAAAAGGGAGAACCCACCAAACUGGCGGACAUUGAUGAAGCCAUUCGGAAUCAAGUCAAAAUAUGUACUUGGAAAGGAACCAAUGCCGAUCUGUACAUUCGAAAACGAUACCCCCAGUCCAUUCCCCUGCUGGUACCCAAACGAGAAGAAAACGAAACGUACUUUGCCCUGCACACGGGAGAAUGCGGUGUCACUAUUGGUGCCAAAGCGACCUGGCUUGGCUAUGAGAAAGAUCAAUUGUACAAUCCUGACUGUGAUCUAGAGUGGGUGGGGCGGGUUGUGGAAGAAGUCAGUUCCUCCUUUGCCGUCAAGGCAGAUCCUGCCGUCCUCUGCACCAAUCUGAUUCGGGAUGUAUUGAACUAUCAUUUGGUGGAAAUGAAUUCCAAUAAUCGUACAUUGGAGAAAUUGUGGGAGAACUAUUAUGAAUCCAACGAGAACAAGAAUAACUGUGAUGAUAUUCCUGCCGAAGGUGAAGAAGAAGGUAGACGGCUGCUGCAAGAUGACACGACAAUAAUCAACACCAAUGACUAUGGAACUUUUUCGGUCUCUCGUCUACUCAAAGGAGGUGGUGGCGGGGGAGGAGGCUCUGCUGCAGCUGCUGGCGGUGGUUCUGAAGAAGCCUUAUCCAUUCGAGCCAUGGCUGGAACAUUUGUAUUACACGCCGGUUUUGCGGCGGCUGCCGUUCUGGUUGGAGUCAUUCAAUACUUUCGAAGGGGUGGGAAUCCAGGCAAGAACCUGGAUGGUGGCUCGGAUGCUUUUGACGACGACGAAGGCAGCUUGAUGACAGGAUCCGCCAACGGGCAUUACGGCAAGGUGGUCUCAGGGCCCUAUCCCAUUGGCGGAAAAGUUCUUGCGACAGGAUCGUGCCGAAAUGGAAACACCGAUGUGAUCUCCAAAGCAACCAUGAAGGAGCAGCUUCAAGCACUCCAUACAUCACAACAGCAGCUAGAAAGACAACAAGAAGCAAUGGCGCAGCAAAUGUCACAGGUGGUGCACAUAUUGACCAAAAUGGACGAUCAUUCUACGCGCAGCGAGAAGUCUGCUUUUGCCUCGUUCUUCGCGAGUGCCUGAACUGACAUUCCUCGCGAUCGCUCCUGGACUCUGCGGACUGGGGCUGGUUGAACUGGGACCAGGACAGCAGAGAUUCACAGCAGCGGAAAUGCAUGUUUUAGUAGAUCUAAUUUUUGCAACGCAUCUUUUAUAAUUGUUUUGGAUCAGCAUCGAGACUCGCUCGGACCUGCGUUUGUUUGAAACCUCUAAACUACAGAAUGCAAUCUGACAAGUCGCAACCUUGUUGCUGGGGGGCAGCUAUCUAGUGUGUCAAUCCGAAAGUUCAUUCCGCGCCACCGGGCACAAAUCGUGACCAGUGAAGAGUAGUAGCAGCCUGUCCUACCUGCACACG